AUGUUUAGCUUCGGUCUGUUUCACGAGCACUUCCGGUCGUUCAACACGAUGUACAAGUGCUACAGUGUAUGUAUGCUUCCGGGCAAUGAACGGCUCGACGUGGAGAAGGGCGGCAAGAUCAUAAUGCCGCCGUCCGCUCUCGACCAGCUCACGCGGCUUAAUAUCGUGUAUCCGAUGCUCUUUAAGCUGACCAACACUGGACACAAUCGGUUCACUCACUCGGGAGUACUGGAGUUCGUGGCGGACGAGGGGAAGGUAUACCUCCCGUAUUGGAUGAUGAGAAACCUGUUGCUGGAAGAGGGGGCGAUGGUUCAGGUGGAGAGCGCGUCCCUACCGGUGGCCACGUUCUCCAAAUUCCAACCGCAAGCGCCCGACUUCCUCGACAUCCAUAACCAGAAGGCGGUGUUGGAGAACGCGUUGCGUAACUUCGCGUGUCUGACCACCGGUGAUGUGGUUGCCAUCAACUAUAACGAUAAGGUGUACGAGUUGUGUGUCUUGGAGACCAAACCGGGUCCCGCCGUCAGCAUUAUUGAGUGCGAUAUGAAUGUGGAGUUCGCGGCGCCCGUCGGCUAUAAAGAGCCCCAACGACCCAACGCCAGGCGUAUGGAUGAAGACCUCGAGAAUCACGACAUCGAAGGCGCUGUUGAAGACAUGCAGUCAGAGGUCGACACGUUUGUGGCCUUCGGAGGGAAAGGCAAUCGUUUGGACGGAAAGCUUAAAGAGUUGUCACCCAAUGAGGCCUCCAAUGGAAAGUCAACCCAAAAAGUAUAUAAGAGAGGAAUACCUGAUUAUGACUACCUAAUGGGAAGUCUUCGGUUCAUCAGAACUGCGAAACCAAUUCCAGCGACAGAUGACACCAAUGCCAGCAAAACGACAGAUUUUGAAGCGUUUAAAGGCGAGGGACAGACACUUAUUAAACGCAAACAAUAA